AAUAAGUCGAAAACAAACUUUAUCAGAAACGGGUUAACAAUGUUUCGUUUUAUUAUUUUCUCCUUGUUUGUUUUCAGAGUUUGGGCUGCACCCCAGAACCACAUUAAAAAGACUUUCUUAAAUAGUACAGAACCACGAAUUAUUAAUGGAAUACCGGCAACUUUGGGUCAGUUUCCAUGGCAAGCAGCAGUAUAUGUUACAGGAAAAGACAGCAGUCUUUGGUUCUGUGGAGGCAGUGUAAUUAGUAGUGAAUGGAUUUUAACAGCUGGACAUUGCGUGGACAAAGCACUGAGCGCUCGGAUUAAAACGGGACUAAUAUCACUAAAUGACAAUAGUACGGAAACGAUUUCCACAGAGCCUGUUCUUCACUCAGGUUACGAUCCAACCACCCUUGAAAAUGAUAUUGGUCUUUUUAAGCUUGACGAACCACUGGUAUUUGAUGAAAAUACAAAAGCUGUUAGUCUUUCCGGCGAAAUUCUGGAGGAUGGUGUUGAAGUUAGAGUAAGCGGUUGGGGAAAAACCAGUGACAUUGGUGCUAUCAGUCCAACUUUGAACUACGUGGACUUAUUUACUAUUCCGGGGAGUCUAUGUGAAGAAAGUUAUGGAGAAGGGGAGAUAUUUGAUGGGAUGGUUUGUGCAACGUCGGGAACUGAUGCACUUAAGAGUACUUGCAAUGGAGACAGUGGUGGUCCGGUUGUUAUCAAUGCUGAUACAGAUCCACUUCAUGUUGCCAUUGUAAGUUUUGUUGGUGAUAAUGGUUGCACGAGUGCUCCAUCUGGGUACACGAGAACUGCGUAUUAUAGGGAGUGGAUUCAGCAGCAAACAGGAAUUGAAAACCCAGAGAUGAUGUUUGUGGCGAAAAUAGCCUUGGGAUUCUACUUUAAUUUCCAUUACCACUUCUUAAGCAAAAUGUUCCGCUUUGCCGUUCUUUGCUUAUGUGCAUCCGCAAUCUGGGCUUUGCCCUCUUUACCAGUCCACUCUAAGGUCUUCCCUUUUAAACUUCCAGGUGCCAGAAUUAUUAAUGGCGACCAAGCCGCAGAAGGUCAAUUUCCAUGGCAAGUUGCCUUAUUUUUCGAUGGUUCCGACGGCAGCUGGUUCUGUGGAGGCAGCAUAAUUAGCGAAGAAUGGAUCCUAACUGCUGGGCAUUGCGUUAGCGGGGCUGACUCGGCGACAAUCAUAAGUGGAUCCACGGAUGUAUAUGGAGGAGACGUUUCAAAUUCCUCCCAACUUAUCCUUCAUGAAGACUAUGACGAAUAUUUCCUUGCUAAUGAUAUUGGACUUGUUCAGGUCAGCACACCUUUAAAUCUUGGUGGAAACACGGCUGCCGUCAUUUUGUCCACUGAAGCACUUGGUGAUGACGUUGAUAUUGCGGUGAGCGGUUGGGGUCUAACCAGCGAUGAUGGAACUACGAUCAGCGACUCGUUGAAUUACGUUGAACUAGUCACCAUUUCGACUACAGAAUGUGAAGAUUAUUAUGGCUCGAUUUUACCUGAAAUGGUUUGUGCUAAUUCUCCCUCAUCUCAAGUUAGAAGCACCUGCAGUGGUGACAGUGGCGGUCCAGUAGUGAUUGAUGCAGAUUCAAAUCCGGUUCAUGUAGCUGUAGUCAGUUUUGUUAGUACCGAAGGAUGUGAAAGCGGUGCUCCUUCUGGUUACACCAGGACGGCGUUUUUCAGAGAUUGGAUCCAAGAAAAUACUGGAGUUUAAAAGUGUAAACAGUUUUAAA